GUUUGAUCGACAAUCGAAAAUCGUCAGUGAGUCCAGCAAUUAAUAAAACUUUUAACCGUCUUUCCAGCACAAAAAAACUUUGCGCUCUCAUUCAAUGUCAUACAAAAAAGAUCAGAGAUCCUUCGGAAAUGUUUAAGAUGAAUGCAAUCAAAGAAGAAUUGUUAAAAUGGACGUGUAAAACGCAUGCGACGAAUAGUUAUCUUGACAAACGUAUGCUACGAGAAAAGGCUCUUGAAUUCGCGAGAACGCAUGGUCUCGAUGACUUCAAAUGUUCAGAAAAAUGGUUAAACACUUUCUUAAGGGGACACGGUUUCUCCGUCGAUCUACAGGAUCGCAGAGGUCCUACGUUCGCCAACUAUCGCGAUUGGAUCGAUCUGAUGAGAUCCACCAUAAUUAAAUACAAACAUAACGAUCUAUUUCACGUGGACGAGUUGACGAUGUACACGGACGUUCUACCAUUGAGGAUCGUGUCGGAGGAGACUUUAAGCGAGACACGAAGAAAUCGAGUAACGAUACUGAUGGGGUGCAAUUCAUCGGGGACCACUAAAUUGCCGCUAUUGAUCUGCGGAACGUAUCCUUCGAAGAUAAGGGUAAAGGAACACGUUUAUUGUAACAACGAAGACUCCUACAUCGAGGACGAAUUAUUCAGGAAGUGGUUGACGAACGUGAACGAGCGAAUGUUUAAUUGCAAUCGAAAGAUAUUGAUGUUUCUGCGAAGAAAUCGAGCGCACGCGUUGAAAGAUUUCGCACCGAGUAAUUUGAAGCUCAUUUACCUUCCCGAAGAUUUCCCGCCGCUUUUACGACCCCUGCGGAAACACGUUUUUCAUUAUAUUAAGAUGAUCUUUAGACGAAGAUACGUGGAACGACUGAAGCAAUGCAACGAAGAAUGGAAUCUCCGCGACGUCCUGCAAUCGUUGAUCGAAGCAUGGGAGACGAUACCCCGUGAGAUCAUAAUCUUCAGCUUCCAAAAGACCCAUUUCAGAACCGACGAUUGCAUUUUGCAAAUCGAGUGCGAUUCCUGGGACAGUUUGAAAGUAGGAAUUUCUUUUAAAAGAUUUGUCACGUUCGACGACGAACUUUCAAACGUGCAACCGAACGGUGGGAAACACAGUCGAAAUCCCGGCUACAAUCUUCGCGCAAUCAACAAAAACGUGAUCAGAAUUAAAGGAAAUAAGUUGAAUUUAGUAAACGAACGCGAGUUAUCCCCUCAGUUCGAUCGAGGCUAUCAAAUGCCUUCGGAGCUUAGAAAUCACAUAGAGAAGAAAUUAAACAGAAUCUUGAAAGACAAGCAUCGCAGUGCAACUAGUUUCUUAAACAAGAACGCAGAGAUCGAAAGGAAAUCUCGUAAAAGAGCUCACGGGGAGACGAGAUUCUCUGAGAAGGGAGCUUGCGAGGAGAGCCCUUUUGUACCUGGAGAUUCUAACGUAACUAGUUCGAGAUCGAUAUACGGGAAGACGUUUGAACAGGAUGAGGAGCAGCCUCAAAGACAGCAGACGGAAACGGAUGGCAUCAGAGAAUCGCUGCAGGCGGUUCUAAAGAAAGCUUUGACUCUAACAUCGUUGGUGAACGCUGAAUACGCUAAGAAGCUAAUCGAUAGCAUUCAUGCGUCCAUUCAUGAAAUUAGUUUACAGACCGAUAACAUGGGACGCUUGAAAUCCUUUGAAAACCAGGGAAAAAUGGAUUACACGAGUGAACAACCGAGAACAACAUGUACGAAGAUGAAAGAGAAUACAGAUGAGAUUUCCACGAAUUUACAGUUCUCGGAGAAAGGGAAUCAGCCAUCUACCUCCUCGAACGAUGUGAUUUCUUUGUCAGAGAUUGCACAAAGUGCUAGAGAAGAAACAGAGUCUAUCCAGCAGCAGUGUUCACUUAACUUGCAUAUAGAAAACUCAGGUGAGAAAAGUCAGGCGAAAUUGAAUCCGAAUGAUGAGGAGUCCAUUGUUCGUCAAGAGGUUUUUAAUUUAAAUAAGAAAAGAGAGAAAUCUGUCGAGGACGAUUCCUCUGUUGACGAACCGAGCGAGAAAAAGUCGAAAAUGGAUCACAAUUGGUCGAAACAGUUUGAGACUAACUUUGUUUUUGGCUCACAGAAUACAAAUUGCUCUAUGGGAAUACGGCACGAUGAUAACACUGUUGAAUCAGGUAUUUUCAAUGCGAAACCAUCCUUUUCUCCAAGAGAUUGAUUAGAUAUUUUUUAAUUGACGUCAAGUUCGAUCACCUGUGUAUCAAAAUUUUGUUGAGAAAAGUAAUGCCAGAACUUGUGAUGUUUGAUGAUGUAAGAUGGACGAAAAUUCUCAUCGAAUCCUUUUACUUUCAUGGAUGUGAUACGUAUAUCUCUCCUCAACAUCACAAUCCUUUCCUUUGUUGGAGGUAUUGCAUUUGCAAGCUUGUAAUGUGCGCGACACCUGCUGUUGCUAUUGAGUAGUAUGGUAAUCUACCAUAUGCAAAUGAUGUUAAAUGAUUUAUGAGGUAUCGCUGUAGCACCAUAAUAAUUUAUAAUACUCGUACUUCUGCUGUUGAUCGAAUGUGGUAGUUAAUUUCCUAAAUCCUUAAUUAUAAUCACAGGUCAUUAAAGAAUACGAACUACUGUAAUAAAGUAUGUAUUAUUGCUUGUAGCAGGAUACAAUGGUAUAUUAAAUUCUAAGUAUAGAAAAAUAAAAGCACAUAAUAUAAAA